GAUUGAGUGAGUUGAGUUGAGGGAGGAGGAGGCUCGCGAGGCCCAUCAUCACAUGACGAGACGUUCGCGCCUCUUUCGUAAACCUUCUCCAACCUGAUGAUCCUAAACAACUCGGAGGUUACGCGCAAGUUUAACUUCAGCGGAGGCCUAGAACAAGUCAAACUUACUGGCGUCGUGACCAGCGUUCACGCGUGGGUCUGUGCUGUGGAGAAACAUGAUUGUGGAAACUUUGAAAUUGUGACAGUGUUUGUCGGUGGGACAGGCUUUGUGUGUGUGUGGAGCAGCUGGGGAGCUAACAGACAAUGUAACGUUAGGAGACGGAUCAAUUAAUGGACUCUUGAGCGCUUAGUUAUGAUAUUUGGAGGUGUUUGGUCGUCUUAACCAAGCACAUGUAAGUGAAAUUCGUUUUUAAAAUAAGGAUACUAGCAACUAGGGAAAUGUAAUGUGUGACUGAAAGUCAUUUGUUUGUGAUUGUUUUUGGAAAGGAAAUGAACAAUAAUGCCUGAGUUUACACGAUUUGCUGAUUAAUAUUUAACCCGUGUUACUAAAAGUUUGUGGACAGGCGAGUUAUAACUUAACGCACUUUUCUGAGUAACUUAAGUCUGGACCCCGUUUUAAAUUUCUCUCUAGUUUUAUCAUUUUAAAGACCGCAAAACCUGAGUUCGACGCUUGAAAAUUUCUUUAUUCUGUGUCUUUUGCGUGUAUAUAGUGUUAUUUACAUACGCAAACUCUUACUUGAAAGUAUUGGUGUAUUUCACGUGGCUGCGCAGUUCUCCAUAGCAAGGGUCAGUCUAUCAAAACUCGGGUGAGAAGCUAUAUUUUUGGAUUAAAGUCACAUUGUAACGCAAGCAUGUUCUGAAAAAUAGCCAUUGGCGAGCGUAGUUUAAAACUUCCUAAAAUCUCCUCACAUUUAACCCAGUUUUGUUGUUGUAUAGAUACUAGGAGUUCGUUUCCUGCUGAAAACACCCACUCUUAAGUAAACAAGCUUUUCAGCUGCUUUGCUUGAAUUGAAGCGUAAUAAACAUGUUCUAUCAUUGAAGGGUCGAUUAAACUUAAGUCUGUCGCCUUCUCGAAAGGAGAGCUUGUGGGCCACACAAGCAGAAGAUCGGGCACCGACCUCAAGGCCUAGUUAAUGUUUGCGAUGACUUAUUAAUCCUCUGCGUUUUUCUGUCAGCCCUGGACGCCUGAGAUUUGAAAUAAUGCGUAAUAAAGCCUAAUGCGCUUCUCUGACUUUGAAACGCAUUAAAAUGCAUCUAAAAAAUUAAAUGUUUAGACAACGUGGUGUGAAGGGGAUUGCAUUUUAAAGGUGCUUAAGUUUAUAGUUGACUCUUUUGGCAGUAGACCGUGUAUUUAGGGUAUUUAAUUAUACAAUGAUUAAAAGCUUUCAACAAGUAGCUAUCUUGAGUUGAAGAUCCUCCAUUUUGAGAGAAGCAAUGAGACACGAGCAAAGCGCGCGCCAAUGACGCUCAGCCAGACUCAAAACAUACUGUAAAGAAUUUCAGCUUUGUAGAAAAUGCAAACUUCAUUAACUUAACCUCCAAAGUAACGUGUAGUAACACUUUUAAUGCGUGUGUAGAAAACGAGGCAAUGCCUUAAAAUCGAGUAGAAAGGACAGAAAUUAUUUUAACUUGCUAAAUGGGUGUAAACACUUUACAGUGAUUUGUAAAGCUGUGUAAACCUUUGUUUUGUUGCUGUGUAUUUUAAUGCAUUGAUUCUUUAGAUAAGCCAGAUGUUUUAAUUAAGGAAUGAAAGCAUAAUUAUAAGAUUGCUGAUUGUCUUUUUCCCUCCUCCUAGGCGUGUUGAAGAUUAAUGAAGCAUUUCCCUGAAACUAAGGACCAGAACGCACCCAAAUGUAACAUUAUUUUAAUAUGGUCUUCCUGCUAAGGUGCAUCUUGUGUAGUUAGUGAAGUAGUAUAGUAUCUACUGCGCUAGAUGCUCCUUUUGGCAGGAGGAGCUGUAUAUUCAGCACAUGGAAGCAAAACCUGUUUGUUAUUUGAUUUGUUUACAUGCUCUACUCUGACAGUAUUAUUCUGUUAAUCAAACUGCACAAUAUCUAUUUUUUUCUAUGAUCUAUGUGAGUUUGUCUUGGCAGUUCCAAAGUGCUCACAGUGCAAGUAGUGCCAAGAGAAUCUACUGCAGUGUUUGCACUUCAAGUAUUGCCAGUCGCCUUCUGUCUGUCUCUCUGGAGCUGUGCUAGAUGCGGCUGCUGCUGCUUAUGGAAAAGCCCUGUUAUGCGUGGUGAGUUUUGCAGGAUUGCAUCCAGCUUUAUUUCAACAUGCUGUGCAAAUCCACGCAAAACUCGCUGCACCAGGGACAAACUUCUUCUACAAUGAAGAGGAUUUCCAACUGUUACAAAUACAUGCAUUUAGUAAGCAAGAACUUAAUUUUUCUUUAUUUUAACUGCUUUCUUUCUUUUUCUUUUUCUUUCACUGCCAUAAUUCUAAGACACAAGAUAUCAAAAGAGCAAAACGUUAUGAUGCAUGGAUUUCUGUUUUGAUAAAAGACAGCACUUUAAUAAUGUGAGAUAAGAAGCGUAUGAAUAAAAUGUAGUUGCAUAUUUAUGUUUUUCAUACAAAUAUAUAUCUUGCUGUUUUCGGGUGGAUGACCCCGCAAUUUUAAUAGUGCCAAAAAUCUUCCAACAAAAAUUGCACGGUAUCCAUCUGUAAUCCGCUAGAUUACAUUAACUGCAUGUUUUUUUUUUCUUUUUCGUUUUGAGUAUGUAUACUGCUUAUUUAAAUUGUUUUAAUUCUCAAUAAAAAUAUGGAUAUUUAUUAUUCCACCUCGCUCCUCUUAGAAUGAAAUUGAUUUCAGAGAUUUAUAAGUGACUGUACUUUGCAAUAACCCUUACCAGCACCAGAUGGCAGCAGAUAGCUGAAAAAAUGUGUUUGUCGUUUGCUCUGCAUAUUCAAAUCAAUUAAAAAAAAAUGUACAUUAACAUAGGAAUUGCCGGGGAUCUAAUCCCCUGCUGAUAUUACCACAUUUCACUUUUUUAAACCAAUUAAAUUAGCAUAAGACGUGAUUGAGAUCUGGUAGAGAAAAAAAGUCAAUUUGAAUUUUGUGUAGUAGCCCAGACUUGAUCUUGGUCUCUGUGCGCAUGACCGCAGCAGUGCAAGGGAUUCAUAACGCGCCUCCUGUCUUCAUAAUCUUCAUAAUCAUAACUUUAAUAUCAACGAAAGAGUUUCUUCCGUAACCGGUUCAUUUAUAUAAUGCAAGGACCUGUGUAAAUCGCGCGGUCCCGCCUUAAGCAGGGAAAUGUGACCUUGAUUUGUGGGCAUGAAGUUUGGGUCUGUUAAUGAGCUGGAGACGAAGAGCCACAGGACUCUCCUCACACUCUCUUCAGUGAUGCCGCCGCGGAGUCCAGCACAUCGCUUUCUGCUCACUUCAAGCAUCGCAGAUCGUUCCCGCUCUGUUCAUUUGCGCUUGUAAUCAAAUCUAUCACCGGGAAGCCUCUUUGCGCCAUAUAUCUCUUCACUUCAGCGCAUUUGGAUUCAUGAUGUCUGGGCUGAAGUUGAACGGUGCACUGAUUGUGUGCGUCCUGAUGCUGCCGCUCUCUCGGCCGAACAGUCAGGUGCUGGACUGUCGCGAAGUGCGCUCGUCUUUUCAGUUUUUGUACCCGGGGAUGAAAUGGACCCCAGAAACGCCAGUCUCAGGCUCAGAUCUGCAGGUGUGCCAGCCGAAAGGCCUGACCUGCUGUUCUCGCAAAAUGGAGGAGCGCUACUUGCUCAUUGCCAAACAGAAUAUGGAGUCCAGUCUCCAGGCCACCAGCGCUCAGCUCAAAGUUCUCAUCAUUCAGAAUGCCGCCCUCUUUCAAGAGGCUUUUGACAUGGUCCUCCGUCUGGGUCGUAAUUCCACUCUGACACUGUUACGGGAGGAGUUUCCCGGUUUGGGGGCCGGAGCAAGCGGAGCCGUCACACAGUUAUUCCUAGAAAUGUCCCUCUAUAUCCUGGGCUCGGAUGCUAAUGUAAACGACAUGGUCUCUACCUUCUUCUCCCGCCUUUUUCCUUUCACCUACCGGCGUCUGCUUGGAAACGGGGCGGUGACGGGCAUCUCGGAAGAAUGCCUCCGUGGGGCCUGGAGGGGAUCCUCUGCGUUCGGGUCUUUUCCCAAGCUGAUGAUGACCCGGCUGUCUCGCUCGCUCCUGGCCACUCGGGUCUUCCUGCAAGCACUGAACCUGGGCAUCGAAGUGGUCAACACCACCCAGCACCUGCGUGCGGGCAGGGACUGCGGGCGCUCGCUGCUGAAGCUCUGGUACUGCCCACACUGUCAAGGCCUGCUGGAGGCCCGGCCGUGCCGCCCGCUGUGUGUCAGCACCAUGGGGGCGUGUCUGGGGGGAGCGGCGGAGGUGCAGCCUCACUGGAGGUCAUACGUGGAGGAACUGGGGUCACUCGCCGCUGCCAUGAAGGGGGAGCAGGACAUUGAGGCCGUGGUGCUCAGACUGCACGUCAUCAUCAGACAGGCUCUCAAACAAGCCGUGGCGGCCAAAAGCAAAGUCAGCGCACAGGUGAGCGGGAUAUGUGCACACGCACCCCCGCGAGUGUCUCGUGCUGCGGCGCUGUCGGCAGAACAUGCAGCUGCCUCGCCAGUGCCCCACAAUCGUCCUAUGGUGAACUUUGACCCCGAUGAGACCCUCUUUGGACGCCGCAGGGAGUUUAUCUCGGGUCUGAGGGGCUUCAGUCAGUUCUACAGUGGCCUCGGAGAAGCUCUGUGCAGCAAAGAGCCGACGGCACUCAACAGCUCCCUCUGCUGGAACGGACAGGAGCUGACAGACAAGUUUCCUGGUCCAGGGCUGAAGAAAGUCCAUCCACAUGGCUCAGAAUCCAGACAAAAACCACCUGAACCCGUCAUCAGCCAGAUCAUCGACAAACUCAAACACAUCAAUCAGCUUUUGCGGAUGGUGACGUUGCCUGAAAAGCGAUGGAGGGCUCGACCAGGAGGGGGCGCUGCGAGGAGAGACCCAACCGGACAGGGCCAGGCAGAUGAGGAUGAGGAGGGUCUAGAAAGCGGGGACUGUGAUGAUGAAGAUGAGUGUACUGGUGUUUCUGGACUCGGGCCGCCUCCGAGACGCAAACGCCUGCGCAUCUUUGCAGACUUGGCGGAUAACUUGGCAAUUGACGACUUAACGCUUCACGAGUUGCUCCUGACUCCCAGACUGGCCACAGACACCCACGGCGGCGCAUCCGUACCUGGAUCGGCACGGGCGGCACAUGUUCCUAGUGCAACCUUCAUCUUUGCCAUCAUCAUCUUCAUAACGUUGGGCCUUCAGUGAUCGCUCCUGUUUGAAGAGAAAUGCUACUGAUGCCCAUGUGUACAUAUAGCUCCAUGAUUUUGGCCAAGGACAAGAACCUUUCCUUUUCUCAGCCUCAAGUCUUACUACUGUACAUGAGCCUCUUCUUUUCUAUAUUUUGUGUGGACUUGAGGAUCAAUAUCAUCUGAACGCUCAGAUUAUGAACUCAUUCUUCUACAGCAUGAAGAGCAUUAUUUAUACAUACAAGAAUCAUGUUCUUUCCCUCCGAACUCGUAUGGCACACAACAGCCAUGUGUUUUACAUUGAGCAUCGCCUCCCCUCUGCUAUACACAUGCAGUUUUACACAAAGGCCAAAGCCUUCUGGAGGAAAAGGAGCUAAAUCGCUUUUGAAAAGACAAAGAGGCUCAGCUUUUGUGAGUGAAUGGGCACACUUAAGGAGAAGGAAGCGUGACUGACAGAGUCUGAGAACACGUACGAUCGCCGUCUCAUACAUACACUGCAGUGAGCUUCUCCUCUGCCACUCAUUUCCUGUGCAGUAAAUGACCCUUGGAGUGGAGGACAUCAAGGCAUCGGCAAGUUGUUGUGAAACCCUCUCCUUACAGGACGACACAGCUGUACUUCAUUUACAAAAAAAUGCUUUUAAACUGUUUCAUUAGAAUGCAGACUUUCCCUUUGCAGAAAUUGUGGUAUUUUAUAAUCUCUCUUUGAUUUCGUCGCUCAUUAUCUCUCUUCCUUUUUCUUUCAUUUCCUCUAUUCUUGUAUUAUAAUAGUGUGAUUAAAGCGUUCUCUUAAAUGGA